GUUGCUGUAGUGGCUCGUGCAGCAGCAGGUAGUUUCAUUCAGUCCGCUUCAGAAUUCCGGACGGAGUUAACGGCUUUCUUAUCAUGGACCUGGCUUUGAUUUCACCCGUUUUACAGCUCAGAAACGGAUAAAAAGCAACGUAGGCGUCUGUUUUUUGUAUUUCCUCCUUAACGUCGACUCCAGUUUGGAUUUUACCCUCCAGCGGUCCGAUUUUAGCAGCUUGAAGUUGGUUCUCCUUCAGCAUAUGUGGGAAUGUGAACUCUCAUGGAUGCCGAUACACUGUUGGAGUACUUACACACAUUUUCCUGAUUUUCUGGGAGCCGAAAUAGUGGACUACGCUCGCUGAAAACUAGUUGUGAAUAAAGCCAUGUUCACUAUGUUUAUGUAGAAGCUGAAAAAACGUUAAAAUAAUGAUUUCGGAGGAGAGAAGCAGCCACGUAAAUAAACAAACCCUGAACUUUCCCGUGGGUUUACUCAUCCGCUCUCCCAAAAGGCGCCUGGCCAAACUGGGAAGGAAACCCAGCAAUGGAUCUGUCCAGUCCAACAACUCGAACAGCACUGUCCGCUCUGCUGAGAGCAUUGGCGUCCGGCAGCCAGCCAAGAGCAAAAUCCGCCGCCACAACAACAGGUUUUCCACUGUGUUCAACCAAAGCCCCAACCUGAGAGACGGUGGACGGCAUGUCCAGGUGGCGAGUGGUAGUGGCGGGAGCUUGUCUGGAGACCUCCAGGUUGUGGACGACCCGGCUGAGCUAUCCAGCCAAAUGUCCAUUCCUGGUAUCCUGAAGAUCUUUGGCAGUGACAUCUGCCAGGGGACCAACUACAAGAGUGUGCUGGCUACCACUCAGUCCAGUGCAAAGGAGCUGGUGAAGCAGGCCUUGGAAAGGUACUGUCUGGAAAAAGAAGACCCCAACAACUACGUGCUGUGCGACGUUAUUGGCCAGACGGGGGCUGAUAACCAGUGGAAGAGAGAGUGCUUUAGGGUUGUGGGUGACAGCGAGAGGCCCCUGAUGCUGCAGUCGCUGUGGAAGCCGAAGGAUGGCUUCUCCAGGCGUUUUGAGAUCCAGCUGCGGGCGAGCGUGGAAGAGCAAAGUUUAAAGGACAGGGACACGAUCACAGCAGGGAUCAAUGCCCAGGCUCGUAAGCUGCAGAAGACCCGCUCCAGAGUGACCUCCCUGUUUGUGGACAGCAGUGGGGAGGACACAGAUGGACUCGGCAUCUGGAGGAGCCUCAGCGAGAUGGAUUUGUCCGCGAUGGGCAAGGAGGCUAGCAAGGCCCAACAGAGUGCGCUCAGAGAGGAUCCCGAGGCUGAGGCCGACAAGGAAGUGCUGCGUCUUGGCAUGGAAAAGGAGGAGACGGAGAGCAGCGAUGAUAACACAACCCAGUACUCCAUCCACCCACCCUUUGACUUCCCUUAUUUCCUCCUGCUGCAGGGCUACAGCCACAGACAGGAUUUUGUCAUCUAUCUCAUGAGUGGGACCACCACCAUCUUUGGCUGCUGCAGGGAGCAUCACACUGGAGAAGAUGAGGAGAGGCUGAAGGUGGACAUCCUCCUGUUUGCUCCAGAUUUGUUACCACAGCACUGCUGUGUCAGACGACUGGACUCUAACAGCCAAACUUCCACAGGAGGAGAGCACAGAAAGACGCUGACGAUGCUGAAGCCCCUUCAUGGAGCUCCCGUGACCCGAAAUGGUUUACUCCUUAAAGAGGAGGUUGAACUGAAUCCAGGAGAUUUGGUUGGCUUGGGGAAACACUACUUGUUCAUGUUUAAGGAUCCUACAAGCAAACCAGGAUCACUCCACACGCCUCCUUGGAUGACCAGACUCUGCCCAAACUCUGACUCAAAGACCUCUUGUUUUUCAUGCGGCUCCUUGGUGGCCAGGAAAAAGCUCCAGAGGAAGCCUUUACCUCCUCGUUGGAGAGACCUGGAGGGCACUGAGGCUUCGCUGAGCUAUGAACUCGACCAGGAGGAAAGAGUCCUACAACAGAUCCUGGACAUGUUGGACCCCAGUGGGAAUGAACCGAAGCUGACACCGGCUUUCCUGCUGAGUCUCUGCAUCCAGCACUCAGCCUCCACAUUUGAGCUGACGCAUUUCAGACAGCUGCUACUUCAGCUGUCCAAUCAGAUCCAGCUCAUUACAUGGGAGAAGACAAAGGAACUUGCAGCAAUCCAGCCAGAAACGAGCUCUAGCGACGAGCAGUCGGAGCAGCUGCAGCUGCUCAGUAUGAAGGAGCUGAUCCCGGGCCUGCAGCCGCUGGUGCUGUGGAUGGCUAACUCCAUCGAACUGCUGCACUUCAUCCAGCAUGAAGUCCCACAGCUGCUGCCAUGGAGGCUGGACCAGGAGGAUGAAGGUCUGCUUGACUCUGAGAUAUCAUCCACUCGGACAGCCUGCGAGGAAGCCAUGACAGUCUUGGAGGAAGUCAUCAUGUUCACCUUCCAGCAGACCGUCUACUACCUAACAAAGAGCAUGUAUUCAGCCCUGUCUGGCCUGCUGGAUGGGAACCCUUUCUCAGAGAGCGGUCAGCUGCGAGUGCCCGAUGGUCUUGAGAGCAUCCUGGAGGUCCUGAAGGAGGCGCUGAAGCUGCUGACGGCCUUCCAGGUGCAUCCAGACAUCGCGUUACAGCUCUGCGCCUACCUGUUCUUCUUCAUCAAUGCAUCGCUCUUCAACACCCUCAUGGAGAGAGGAUCUGUCGCUGGGUUCUAUCAGUGGUCCCGAGGCGUGCAGAUCCGGGCCAACCUGGACCUGCUGAUGGACUGGAUCCAGAGCAUCGGUCUGGGUGAUCUGGCCACAGAGUUUUUCCAGAAGCUCUCUGCUGCUGUCAAUCUGCUGGCCACACCCAAAGAAACCCUGCUGCAGGCAUCCUGGGUUUCUCUCAGGACCGAGUUCUCUGCUCUGAAACCCGCCCAGCUUCACCACAUGUUGAGGGAGUACAACUCUGGGAAGGCCUGCCCCCCCGGAUGGAGCCCGUCACUGGGUGAUGCAGAGGACGCCGUCAGAACGGCCGACAUCCUGGAGAGCUUCGACAACCACCCGCCGCUCAUCCUGCCCAGCAGCACGUUUCACCUGGAGCUAGGCAAACCCAUCGUGGAGCCGGCGCUGUUUGAGCAGCUCGCACGUCUGCAGGACUUCAUCAGCCAGCUUCCUCGCAGUGAAACCCGAGCCGAACCCGAAGCGGAGGAGCAGCCUGUCAAUGAGACGACUACAGACAGCCAGUCUGUGACCUCGACCUCGGUCAGAGUCGCCCAGGAUCCCGCCGAACAGGCGGUCUCCGACCCGGUAGACCCAGACUCUCUUACAUCUGCGGAACCAGCUCAGGCCCGGGUCCCUCCCGGUGAUCUGAGCAGCUGUGAGGCCGUCCUGGCCCAGAAGCUGAAGAGCCUGGAGCUGCAGAACACCCUCCCAGGACAGGCCGACAUGGGCUACCACAAGAGCCUGGCGCUGGACCCAUCCUGCCUGCUCACGCCACCCAACACCCCACAGGGGAUGGAGCUGGCUGAGCUGGAGGCUGACCUGCAGGAGGGCACCCGCCAACUAAAGAAAGCCAGUGGAAGUGUUGGGAGGAAGACGGGAAACGAGGAAGCAGCAGCAGAGGAAGAAGAAGACAGAGAGGAAGUGUUUGCGGUGGAGCUCCACAAAGGGCCUCACGGUCUCGGGCUGGCACUCGUAGAUGGGACGAAAACACCGCUGAGAAUGAGCGGCAUUUAUGUGAAGUCAGUCGUUCCCGAGUCCCCGGCCGCCAAAUGUCAGAAACUCAGAACGGGCGAUCGAAUCCUGGCCGUGAACGGUGUCAGCCUGGUCGGGAUGGAAUAUAGCAUUGGGCGGGAACUGAUUCGCUCAUCCGGAGACACACUUAAACUUCUGGUUGCCAACAUGGACUCGAAAGCAGGCAUCAAAGCCUCCACUUUGGCAACUUGCUGAAGGAAGAGCGUUAGUGGACGAUAAAGUGCAAUUUGGGAAUACCGGAGGGCGUGAGCUUCAUCCCAAAGUCAGUAUUUCUCACAGGAUGGAUUCCCCCCCAAACCAAAGGAACACGAACUUCCUCCUUUUUGUUUGUGACUCAUUGUGGGAUAGAGACAAUCAAACUGAACUCAGACUGUAGGCGCUUUGCUGGCGGGCAGAGGGGGAAGACAAGUUUUAAAAGCUCUUUUUUUCUUUACCAGCUUCUAAAAACAAACUCAAAAACGGUGAAAGGGGGAGUAAACCAGCCCCCGAAGAGCGCCGCCAAGCCGCUCCCUGAUCCCUCACGUCUGGCUUCAACUGGAACUAUUUCCAAAUUCAUUUUUAAAUUCUAUCUAUUUAAAAAAACUGUGAAGCUUUAUAUGUUACACUCCAAAACCAAAAUAUGUUACCCAGUUGUUUACUGUGUUAGAGAGAAGUACCUGCCUGUGGGCAUGUCUCAGAUCCUCAUAAGUUUCCAAAACAAGGAAAAUUGUCUUUGUGUUGCAGCGUUUGUUUCAUCGCAGGAACGACUGAACAUUAACCCUCAGUUUUCUGCUGUUUCAGGUUCUUCCUUCUAUAGAUUCAUCAUCAGUCUGCUGCUGUAACACCAGAAAAUAUUAUCAGUCGUUUAGAAGUAAAAUUUAAUUAGCACUUGUAGCGUGUUACUCAUUUUUCCACACACACAAACACACACAUAAAAAAGCAGGUAAAGGUGUGUUUGGUUUCUUUCACUUGCAGGCAGAUUUUCCCCCGAGCAGAUUAUGUUUCCAGGUUAAACACUAACUCGUGCUUUAAAGCAGCGGUUCUCAAACUAUGUCAAACACAUACGAUUCAGGGAGAGUUAUUGCGAGGAAGCUUUAAUGUUACGGAUUAUAGGAAAGUGGAUCAGCAUGAUGUGUAGGAAGCAUCAUGGUUAAGAGAAGACCGACUCUGAAGAUGACAUUUUUGAUUGACCAGCCAUUUUCCAACCCUCAUUUAUGUCUACGAGUUGUGGGUAGUGACCCCUCAGAAGAAGAAAUGCACUUCCUCCUUAGGUUGGCUCAGUCUGAAACAUGUGGUGAGGGGCUCAAAGUAGAGCCACUACUUUAUGUCAUAAGUAGCUGUGGUGGUGCAAACAUUCGAUCAGGCCUCCUUGAGGCCAUCCUUUGGAGGUUUUCCAGGUAAAUCCAACUGGGAGAAGAUUGUGGAGUAGACUAAGAGUUCCUUGAAGAGAUGAUCUAUUUCUUCAGGCCUGAUGACGCCUCAGGAUCCUCCAGAAGAAUGGGAAAAUUUUACUGGGGUAAAGGGUUUCUGAAAUACCGUGCUUAGUGAGGUUUAGUAAAAUUCAAAUAUCUUGUUGACUCUUCCCGUGUCAGUCCACUGACUUUAAGUGAUUUGAGCUGUUUAGAGCUUCGUUAAAGAAAACAGGAAGCCUUGAAAGUAUGUCCAGAGGAAGCGGAUGACAUGGAGGAGAUCCACAUCAGGGUAAAAUGAGAAACGGCACCAGAUAUCCUCAAACCAAAGGCAGUUAGGGUCAGACACAUAAAACAAGUGGCCAGGGUUAGGAAAAAAAACUGCUGGGUCAGCUUCAAGUUAAAUUGCAGGUUAGGUUUAGGCACUAAAACCAAGUGGCUGGAGUUGGGAUUAACCAUGAGAAUCUUUUUUAGGGUAUAGUUACGUUGCAUCUUUGACCUGUUGGGCAUAUACGGAGAGAUCGGUAACUUCUUCUGGUUUAGACUAAGCCAAAGUGGUUCACCAGGAAGUUAAGAAGUUAAAUUAAGACGAAGUCAGAGGAUCACAACUAGCACUGCAGGUUAUAUUUAUCAGUUACUCCACAGCUGAUUUUCUUUAUCUUUUUGCUGUACAAUAUGGUAAAACCCUUGUUUGUUAAGCUGUGGACAACCAAUUAAAAAAACUUGAUUAAUUUUUAGAGCUACUUUUUUAUUUUGUAUUAACUGAUAAAAAUAUGUAGGUUGUGAAUCUUUGUGAGGCAUGUCAAGAGAAAAAGUUUGAGAACCGCUGCUUGGAAGUUUUGCUGCAAUCCAGAGAAACAGAAAAAUAAGUUAUUGGUAAUCAUAACCACAGUGAAGCCUCUUUAUUAUCAAUUAUUCUACAGGUUAUUUGCUUCAUUGAUCUUUCUAUAAAACAAUAAAAAAAAAAACCUCAUGAGUCCAAACCUAAAGAAUAUUUUCUUUUGUUUACUUAAAUGAAAAGCUGUUUACGCACUACAGAGCCAUCUGUAGCCUGGCUACACAGAGGUCAGAGGUCAGGGUGACGUCGUACACCUAUUCCACUUACUGAUGCAUGACCCACAUUUCGAUAGGAUCAGUUUUUCAGAAGAAAGCUCUGCAGAAGGGGAGGCGUCUGAGGCACCCACACUAAGUCCAGCCUUGAAAAUAUGAAGGAAAUUAGCACAAAGAAAAGAGAAACGCAGCUACUUUAAUGUUAAAUACCAAACAUGGUUCAUGUUGUCUUAUUUUUUUAGGUCAACACACCAUUAACUCAUUGAGACCAUUCAGCAGAUUAGCCUCACACAUUUUCCUACACAAACGCCCUGUUUGUCCCAGCUUCUUACUGGGAUAGUUUAUUGGGAUUUUGGCACCAUAGAUGUCGGAUUGUGGCCUAAACCAUGCAGAGUAUUCCUGGUAGUUUGAAGCAGAUUUUUUCCUGCUGUGUUAAACAUGGAAAAAAAAGUAAAAGCACUAAACUUCAUGUGAGAAAGCAACUUAAAAGUUAAAAAGCUUUUGGGAACAUGACAGUACACAUUUUAUGAGGUAUUGGGUUAAUUGCCUCAUUAAUGUGGCUCUAAUUACAGUUUAGUUUCCCUCCAAACCGCAGAGCUCAGGCCAAAAAUAAAAAUGAGACAUUUAAAUUCCAGAACUUCUCCAAACUCCUCUGGAAGAACUCAGUUUAUUAUAGGAAACAUAAACCCGACUUUGUUCUGCUCAGCAUUAACGUGUUCAGCUGGUUUAAUAAACGAAAGCAUAAAACAUCUUCUGAUGUAUUAAAAAAGACUGCCGCAGAGCUCGAUCACCUGACGUCUGUCUGUGUUUUUCAUCUGUUUUGUAAUAUUUAUACUGCGCAGUAUUUUUGAGCCUGUGGAAUAAAUAUUAUUUUGACUUGGAAAA